GGACCGGCGUCCUACCCUGAACAAGGUUCCCCCUGUGCGGGCCGCGGGUGCUCCAUCGCGGCCGUGCCGGCGCGAUGUCGGGCUUCAGCCCGGAGCUGAUCGAUUACCUGGAGGGGAAGAUCUCCUUCGAGGAGUUCGAGCGGCGGCGGGAGGAGCGCAAGAGCCGCGAGAAGGAUGGUGAAAAUGCGUCUGCUGAGGAAAACACUGAAGAUGUAGAGGCUCCAUCAUCAUCCAAAAAAGCGUCUGGGAAAUCCCAAAGUCAGGAUGAAACUGACGCAGGUGAAACUUCAGAUGGCGUCAGCAAAUCUGUGCAUCGGGUCUUUGCGUCCAUGAUUGGGGAAAAUGAAGAGGAGGAGGAGGACGAAGAGGAAGAGGAAGAAGAAGAAGAGGAAGAAGAAACUACUGAGCAACCCACAGCUGGAGAUGUUUUUGUGUUAGAGAUGGUACUUAAUCGAGAGACCAAGAAAAUGAUGAAAGAGAAAAGACCUCGCAGCAAACUUCCUCGUGCCUUGAGGGGUCUGAUGGGAGAGGCCAACAUCAGGUUUGCUCGAGGAGAACGUGAGGAAGCUAUUCUAAUGUGUAUGGAAAUCAUUCGACAAGCUCCUCUUGCUCAUGAGCCAUUUUCCACUCUUGCCAUGAUCUAUGAAGACCAGGGUGAUAUGGAGAAGUCAUUACAGUUUGAACUGAUUGCAGCUCACUUAAAUCCGAGUGAUACUGAGGAAUGGGUCAGACUAGCAGAAAUGUCACUGGAACAGGACAAUAUUAAACAGGCCAUUUUUUGCUACACAAAAGCUCUGAAAUACGACCCAACCAACGUGCGUUACCUGUGGGAGAGAUCAAGCCUGUAUGAACAGUUGGGAGAACAUAAGAUGGCUAUGGAUGGCUACAGGCGGAUUCUGAAUCUCCUGUCUCCCACUGAUGGAGAGCGCUUUAUGCAGUUGGCUAGAGACAUGGCAAAGAGCUAUUACGAAGCCAAUGAUGUGACUUCUGCUAUUGACAUAAUAGAAGAAGCUUUUAGUAAACACCAGAGCCUUGUCUCCAUGGAAGAUGUUAACAUUGCAGCUGAACUAUAUAUUUCUUCCAAACAGUAUGACAAAGCAUUGGCGGUUAUUACAGAUUUUGCAGGAAUUGUACUUGAAAAGAAAGUAGCAGAAAAAAGUCCAACUGCGGAGAAAAAAGAAGGUACAGGGCCAGUGGCAGAAACUGAGGAAAGCCAGGAGGCAGCACCUGAUGACCAAAGUAGUCCAGUUGCUGAAUCCAGUGCUGCAGCUGUGGAGAAGGUCAGCUGCUGCAUACCUGAGGGCGUACCCAUAGACAUCACGGUCAAGCUGAUGGUGUGCUUAGUUCACUUGAACAUACUAGAGCCACUCAGCCCUCUUUUGACCACUCUGGUGGAACAAAAUCCGGAAGAAAUGGGUGACUUGUAUUUGGACGUCGCAGAGGCAUUUCUGGAUGUUGGAGAAUACAACUCAGCACUGCCCCUCUUGAGUUCCCUUGUCUGCUCAGAACGAUACAACUUGGCUGUUGUCUGGCUUCGGCAUGCAGAGUGCUUGAAGGCUUUAGGACACAUGGAGCGUGCUGCAGAGAGCUAUGCCAAAGUUGUUGACCUUGCUCCACUGCAUCUGGAUGCAAGAAUCUCACUUUCAACACUUCAGCAGCAGCUCGGCCGACCUGAAAAAGCUCUGGAGGCUCUGGAACCAAUGUAUGAUCCAGAUACAUUGGCUCAGGAUGCUAAUGCCGCCCAGCAGGAAUUAAAGCUACUCCUCCAUCGUUCGACGCUGUUGUAUUCUCAAGGCAAAAUGUAUGGUUACAUAGACACUUUACUUACAAUGCUGGCAAUGCUGUUGAAGGUAGCAAUGAGCAGAGCUCAGGUGUGUUUGAUAUCUAGUUCCAAGUCUGGAGAGAGACACCUCUAUCUUAUUAAGGUGUCAAGAGAUAAAAUUUCUGACAAUGACGACCAAGAGACAGCAAAUUGCGAUGCAAAAGCAAUUUUUGCUGUUCUCACGAGUGUUCUGACAAAAGAUGACUGGUGGAACCUCCUCCUGAAGGCUAUAUAUGCCUUGUGUGACCUCUCCCGCUACAAGGAGGCAGAGCUUCUAGUGGAUUCCUCCCUGGAAUAUUACUCCUUUUAUGAUGAUAGACAAAAGCGCAAGGAGCUGGAAUACUUUGGGCUCUCUGCUGCAAUUCUGGACAAGAACUUCAGAAAAGCAUACAACUAUAUCAGAAUCAUGGUGAUGGAAAAUGUCAAUAAACCUCAGCUGUGGAACAUCUUCAAUCAGGUUACUAUGCAGUCUCAGGAUGUCCGGCACCAUCGCUUUUGUCUCCGCUUGAUGCUGAAAAACCCUGAUAACCAUGCACUGUGUGUCCUGAAUGGGCAUAAUGCGUUUGUGUCUGGCAGUUUCAAGCAUGCUCUUGGACAGUAUGUGCAAGCCUUUCGUGCAAACCCGGAUGAACCUCUGUACAGUCUUUGUAUUGGGUUGACUUUCAUCCACAUGGCUUCUCAGAAGUAUGUGUUGAAAAGGCAUGCUCUUCUAGUACAGGGAUUCUCCUUCCUUCACCGGUACUUGGACCUGCGUGGACCAUGUCAAGAGUCAUUCUACAACCUUGGCCGUGGCCUUCACCAGCUGGGAUUACUGCACCUGGCAAUCCACUAUUACCAGAAGGCGCUUGAACUUCCUCCCCUCGCCUUAGAGGGAAUAGAGACUGAUCAGACAGACUUGAGAAGAGAUGCUGCCUUUAACUUGUCACUUAUUUAUCAGAGCAGUGGAAAUAUCAGAAUGGCUCGGAAGCUGAUGUAUACCUACGCAGUUGUAUGAUGAGGUUUGUGGCAGGUGGAACUGAUACUCUCUGUAUUAACCUUUGCAUUAUGCAGUGCCAGGGAAAUGGGUUUAUGUACAACUUUUCCUAUGGGUGGUCAGAGGCAGGACUUGGCCAUAUAUGGCUUAGUGGACUGCUUCUACUUCCAGCAUCUGAACUGUAUCACAUAUGGGUGGAAACUGACAUGCUCAAGUCUGUCUGUUAUUAGCUCUUCUCCUGUGAUGCGCUGCUUUGUAAUCCCAGUCUUGUAUAUAGAAUCAAACUGAAGCCCAGUGCAGCUUGUUGUUUUGGGUUUUUUUUUUUAGGGUAAAUUUAUGAUGUGCAAUAUUACAACUAGUUACCAGUGAGGUGGUUCAAGAAGCCCUGAUCACUGGUGAUGAGGGGUUUUUAAUGUGCAGCAUUAAAUUACUAUAAUACAGAAGCAGUGGGCUCGUACUAAUCCGCAGAGGAUGCAGAACUCACUACUUCAGCUCUUCAGAAUUUUCUAGGAGUUCGUAUUCCCAGCAGCUCUUCUAUUUGAAGAAGCUUGAUUUCUAUUUACUGAAAUCAGUGUGACCUUUGUUGUUGUUCUGAACGUGUUAAUAAAAAUUCUGAGGAUAAUGAUAAUGUUUACUCAUUUAGCAAAGACAGAACCUACUGAAUAGAGCAAAAAUUAAUAUAAUAGUAUCAUGUAGCUUCUUAUUUAACAUACAUUGCAAAUGAUCUGGGGUUUUAAUUAUUUCUGACAGUUCAACAGUCAGAAAACAUGAUGGUGGAAGCAUAUUGCUUCCAAUCCAGCAAAUUAAGCUUCACCAUAAAUAGAAGGAGUAUAUAGAAAUGAAUAUAUGUUAUGUGCUAGAGCAAAAUAAGGCUGAAUAGUAUUUUUCAGCAAGGCAGUUUGCUGAACAGAAAACAAGCCGUGCUGUUGCCUCCCAAGGCAAGAAGUAACUCUAGUUACUCACGGGACCACGGGUAACUGCUGUUUCCUUUCAGCCCACUUGCAUUUAAUGAAACCCAGUCAAUAUGGCCUGGAAAAUUCAUAUUGCUAGCAAAUAGUGUUCCGAAAGGACGAGCUAAACAAUUUUGAGCAUCUAGAAGGAAGAGAUGCUACUUGUCUCAAUGCCAGUUAUCUAAAUCUUCCUCAAAUGCUUGUGGGAAGAAACCCCCACACCUAUAUAUGAAGAUAGAACUUAGAUUUUUUUUUUUUCCUUAGCUAUAUCCAACUUGCAUUUAUGGUUGUGAGAUGAACAGUCUUUGACUUAGAUUUCAUUUUUACACAGUAUUACAAAUGUUAUAUUGUAGUGGUGCAGCAGUAACAGAUUAGACAAGACUUGAGGCAAAGCAUGAGGCAAAAACUGACACUGUGGGAAUGUGAGCUCCCCAGUAAAAGUAAGUUUAAACAAGCGCAGCCCAUGUGAACUGACCAGCUUAAGCAAAAGCAAAGCACAGAACACGAGAUGGAUACAGAAGAUGCUUAUGCUCGUCUAGCACGUGGUCAGUACCAGCAUUGCCAAGUGUAGAAAGCUGUUUGCCCUCCCCAUUUGCUGAAGGCCACAGCUUGACAGGAAGAAAAAGAACAAGCAACCUUUUUGCUGCUUAGAAAACUCAUUUUUAAAUACUGCAGAUAUUACUGUAACUGAGAGGCUUAGCAGCUACCAAGCCUGGGGACAGGCUAGCCAUGUAGAGCUCAAUUACUGACCCUGCAGGUGGCAGAAGUGUUGUUAGAUUAUACUACAGCUUUGUUGAAAUGACUGUGUUUAAAGAAAAUAACAAGAUCUUG